CUCAGCUAAGCUCAAGACUAAAACGCUAGCAUUUUCAGGCCGUACAAGGCCAAGUCCUGCCAUUGAAUCAAUGGCUCAUACCACUGUCAAUCGCUAGAAGCCAUCGCAGAAGCCAUGCCUUCGACGUCGACCGCUCUCCGCGUCAUCGUGGCCAGCGUGCUGGCGGCGGCCCUCACGCCACCGCAGCUGCUUGCGGCGGCCCUCACGCCGCCGCAGCCAGGGAGGCACGCUCUCCGGGCCAGGCCCCAGCAGCCAGGGAGGCACGCUCUCCGCGCCAGGCCCCUCGCCGCCGCACUCGUCGAAACCGCGGGCCUCGUCCCGGACGGCGCGCGCCACGUCUCCGAGGACCUGGUCAAGAAGACGCACCGCUUCGACGUGAGCCUCACAGAACCACUGGGCUUAACACUCGGCGAGGCCCAGGCGGGCAAGGACACCUGCGUCUACGUCAAGACCGUGGACGAGAGCGGCGGCGCACACGCGGCGGGCUGCCGCGCCGGCGAUAGAGUGGUGGCGACUUCGGCGACGCUGGGCGACGCCAUGUGGCCCAAGUCGUCGAUCGCGGGCGUUGUUUCCGCCGUGCGGUCCCGGCUGCAGCUCGGCAACCAGAAGGUCUCGUUGCGAAUCGAGCGCUCGCUGGACGACGACGAGGUCGCGCUCGCCGAGCUGAGAUCCAGGGAGAGCGUCAAGGAGCGCUGGGAGGUCGAAUUGCAGAAACCACUCGGUUUGACCUUGAAGAACGUCGACGGCACGCCGACGGUCGCGCAAAUAAAAAAGGGCGGCUCCGCGGAGCGGUCCAAGGGCCGCGUGCGCAUCGGCGAUAGGGUGGUGGGCGUCGAGUCGGCCUUCGGCGGGCGCAUGUACCCCGUCACGACGACGAAAGAAGUGCUCGCGGCGGCCGCGCUGCCGACGCCGAGCAUAUCAUUACGAUUGGAGCGCGACGUGCGCGUGGGGCCCUGGAGCGGCCUGCUGCGGUCCGACGGCGACGACGACGAGGACGCCGUGGCGCCGCGCGACCGGCGGUCGUCGACGCAGUCGCAGGUCCAGCGCGACAUCGGCGACGCACUCAACGUGUAUCUGGAACUGCGGCGGGCCCAGCUGCCGGCGACGGCGACGGCGUCCCUGCUUUUAGAUAGGUGCACGUUCCUCGCCAAGACAUACGCGCGGCGGGCGUCGUCGCGCAAGGCCUUCCGGUCGGGCCGCGGCGACGCCCAGGACCGAUUGGACGCUUUGCUCCAAACUCUGGAAGACGCCGAGGUCGAGCUCAGCGCCAAGUUCGCGACGAACGCCGUCUCGGCCUUCGUGAGCGUCGGCGCGCCGAAGCGGGGCGCGCGCCUCUUCGAGCGCUGCGCGCGCGGCGACCCGGGCCACCCGCGGCCGAACCGGCGGCUGCUCACGGCGGGCGUGUCCGCCUACGCGCGCCUCGGCCGCGUCGACCAGGCCUUCGCGGCCGCGCGCGAGGCGACGACCGAGGAGAACAUCGACACGCGGCUGGGCAACGCCCUGCUGGCGGCGGCGGCGGCGGCAAAGGACGUGCGUCGGGCCGAGGCGGUCUUCGCGGCGAUGACGCGCGCGCCCUCCACGGAGCCAGCGGGCGCGGACACGGGCGCGCGGCUCAUGCCGAGCUUCGCGCCGCAGCCGCGCGCGCCGCCGGCCGCGCCGCCCCGGGCCCUCGCGGACGCCGUCACUUAUAGAACGAUGAUCGACGCCUACGCGCGGGCCAAGCGGCCCGACGACGCCCAGGCCGUGCUGGAGCGGAUGCGGACGGAGGCGGGCCUCGGGCCCGACCGCGUGGCGUCGACGGCGCUCAUGAAGGCCCACGUCGAGGCGGGCGACGUCGACGCGGCCGAGCGGUGCCUCGAGGAGCUCCUCGAGGCGGCCGACGAGGUCAUGGAGCGGACGCGCGUGCUCGUGGCGAAGGCCGCGGCGCAGUCCGAGGACGGCGAGGCGCCCAAGGCGUUGCUGGGCGAGCGCGCCGCGGCCUACCGACGGGCAAGACCGGACGCGACGUGCUGGAACACGCUGAUCCGGGGCUACGCGCGCACGCUGCGGUGGCGCGCCGCCGCCGACUGCUUGCAGCGCAUGCGCGACGCGGGCUGCCCCCCGGACCUCGUGAGCUACACGAACGUGGCGACGGCGUGCCUCCGCGCGGACCGGCCCAAGGAGGCGCUGCGGCGCCUCGACGAGCUCGAGCGCGCGCGCGCCGCGGCCGUCGCCGUGACCGGGCCCGGCGGCCGCGCGGCGCGGCGCCUGCGGCCGAACGUCGUCGCGUACACCAUUGGAUGUUUGGCGCACGCGAAGACGGGCGACCUGGUGGGCGCGCUGCUCGUGCUAAGGAAGAUGCGCGACGCGGGCGUCGCGCCGAACGAGCGGACCUGCGCCGCGGUGCUCGAGUGCUGCCUCAAGGCGGGGCGGCCGAGCUCGGCGAUGGGGCUCGUCGAGGAGAUGCGCGCGAGCGGCGUGCGCGAGGACGUCGUCACGUCCACAUUAUUGCUAAGGUGCCACCUCGCGGCGGGCGAGCCGGCCCAGGCGUCGCGGCUCCUCGACGAGAUGGAGGCCUCGGCCGUCGACGGCGCGGUCAGCGCCGUCGACGGCCAGCGCGGCAAGCGGAGCCGGCGGUCGACGGCGCCGAACUUGGUGACGUACAACGCGGCGCUCGCCGGCUUCGCCAAGCUCGGCGCCUGGGGCGAGGCGCUCGACGCCCUGGAUCGGGCGGCGGCGCGCUUCGCGCCGAACCGCGAGACCUGGGCGGCGCUCGCGGGUAUCUCGCAGGACCGCUCGCGUGGCCACGACUUCCUGCACGACGCGCUGCGGCUGCUCAUGCGGCGCGACCGCGCCGUCGGCGCCAAGGCCUACGAGGCCUGGCUUCUGGCCGCGGCGCGGGCGAACGACGUGGACCGAGUCGACGCGCUCGCGCGCGCGCGCGCGGACGGCCGGCUCCGCAUCGUCGUCGGUGAGCGGGGCGCGCGGCGGCGGGCCCUCGACGACGGCGUCCGCCUCGACACGGACGGCCGCCUCGACGAGCUCGAGGCGGCGGUGCUGCGGAGCCGGCGGACGUCGUCCGCUGUGCCUGCUAAACGUUGA